GUACCUGGAAAGGGGUCAGAUCUACUAACCUACGGGUGUAAGCUAUGUGAUGACUGAUGUGAUGUUGCUAGGUAUUCCCCGAGGGAUUUGAUAGGAUAGGAAUAAGAUGUCUACACCGUCCGGUGAGAAGAGCCCAGGUGGGAACCUGAGACAUAUUGUUUCCGUGGUCGACAUACCCGAACAACGGUCCCUCAGAUUGUAUUGUACAAGUACAAGGUGAGACGUAACAUAACAAGGCCAGCAUGAAGGGAACACCGCCACUUGAAGAUGUAGACACGCAUGCACCACACCGCUAGAUGAAAACAGCCGUCUCCCAUGUUGAACCCUUCAGCCGAUUGUCACUAGCCCACGUACGGCAGGUUAACGGUCCCGCCUCCUUGUAUGAGGCAGUACAGCACUCUGGGGAAGAAUGCCAGGAACUUGUUUCCCAAAAGAACUGUAGUAGGCCCGAUUCCUCAAGACGUUGGUCCAUGGUGGAGUGGUUGGUUUGUCUGUUAGUUCUUGUGUUUGGAACUUCCGUGGGCUCAGAGUGGUGCCCGCGGGGAACAUCUCCCCUUCCUCAACAGCAGCCGGGACACCUAGCCACAGCGGGAAAGGGGCAAGUGACAGUACUCGUGAUCCUGUCCGCGGGUGUCACCGUCCGCGAGCCGGUCCGGCCGACUUUGUGGUUUGCUCCCCCUCCCCCCAACCGACCUGAGAACAAAUUCGUUGAAGCGAAGAGAGAGAACAUACCUAGCAUGAGCAUCUCCCGGGUGCCGUCUUCCCCGGAUAGAUACAUGGAUUGAACGUCUGAAUCAUCAAAGCUACCGCAGUAGGCGUGGAAGUUCUCCGUAUGAAAUACGCCCGAAUGGGCUACACCUGCUGCUCAA